AUGGAGGUGGGAAGCCUUCCAAUUAUCAUCUGGGGGCAGAAGUGUAUCACCCCAACUUUUGUGCAAGGCAGCUUGGCUGCCCACAGCUUAUUCCACUCAAAUCCUAUAGGAGCUGCAAUCGGGCUUCUUCUUGGAGGGACCUGGAUGACCUGGAGGUGCAUAAGGAUGACAGGUGUGCAGUGA